CCCCGGCCCCGCUCCGCUGCUGGGGGGGGGAGGGGGGAAAGGUCAGUCAGGGCCUCCAGGAGCCGCCUCGGCGGCAGCUGCCCGCUGCCGGGGCAGGAGGAGCAGGGGAGGGGGAGAGGGCCAGAGCCGGCGCCGGCCCCUGAGGGAGCGGCUGACGAGGCGCCCACCGCCAGAGGGGCUGCCCGCGCUGGGCGAGGCGUCGCUGCCCCCGGCGUGCCCGUGGGCCUCUCGCUCCUUACUCGGGACAUGAACUUGAUUGACAUCCUUUGGAGGCAAGAUAUAGACCUUGGGGCAAGGCGUGAAGUUUUUGAUUUUAGUCAACGGCAGAAGGAGUAUGAACUCGAGAAACAGAAGAAACUUGAAAAGGAAAGACAAGAGCAGCUCCAAAAAGAGCAGGAGAAAGCCUUGCUGGCUCAGCUGGAGUUAGAUGAAGAGACAGGUGAAUUUAUUCCUGCUCAGCCAACUCCGCGCAUUGAGUCAGAAAAUACCGAGCCACCAGUCGGUUUUUCACAGACCACACAGACUUCAAAACCAGAAGCAGAAGCCUUGUCCUUUGAUGACUGCAUGCAGCUCUUGGCAGAAGCAUUCCCAUUUAUAGACGACAAUGAGGCUUCUUCAUCUGCAUUUCAGUCACUGGAUCCUGCUCAGAUUGAUAGCAGCCCAGUCUUCGUUUCCUCUGAUCAGACUCAGCCACCUGAAUCACCUCUUCUAGUUCCACUUACUGAUGCAGAGAAUAUGCAGAACAUAGAGCAAGUCUGGGAAGAAUUAUUGUCCCUUCCAGAGUUACAGUGUCUAAACAUUGAAAAUGAUAACCUGGCUGAGGUCAGCACAAUCACAAGCCCUGAAACCAAGCCAACAGAGAUGCACAACAGCUAUAAUUACUACAGCUCAUUACCCGUCAUGAGAAAAGAUGUUAACUGUGGUCCAGAUUUCCUGGAUAGUAUCGAGGGCCCCUUUUCCAGCAUUUUGCCACCAGAAGACACCGGCCAGCUGAGCGUGAACUCUUUAAACGACACGUCCCCUUCAAACUCUGAUUUCUGCGAGGAUUUCUACACCGCCUUUAUUGAGACAAAGGCGAACGGUGACACGGCAACGACAAACACCAUCAGUCAAUCACUCGCGGAAAUUCUAAGUGAACCUAUUGAUCUUUCUGAUUUCUCACUGUGUAAAGCUUUUAAUGGCAACCACUCAGGAACCGUACCAGAAUGUAAUGAUUCUGACUCUGGUAUUUCAUUGAAUGCAAGUUCUAGCGUAGCGUCGCCUGAACACUCUUUCGAAUCAUCUGCCUAUAGAGAUAAGACUUUUGCUUGUAGCGAUUCUGAAAUGGAAGACAUGGAUAGCGCUCCUGGAAGCGUGCCGCAGAGCAACGCUGGCGUGUAUUCAUUGCAAUUCCAGGAUCAAGCGUUUUCUUCUGUGGGGCCAAGAGCUCAAACGCCCAGUUUGCAGUGUAUAAACACACUAAAGAAAGAACCCCCUCCCAGUCCAGGCCACCCCAAAGCCCCGUUCACAAAAGAUAAACCUUCAAGCCGCCUUGAAGCUCAUCUCACAAGAGACGAGCAAAGAGCAAAAGCUCUGCAGAUCCCUUUUCCUGUCGAAAAAAUCAUCAACCUCCCCGUUGAUGACUUCAAUGAAAUGAUGUCUAAGGAGCAGUUCAACGAAGCCCAGCUUGCGCUUAUUCGCGAUAUACGCAGGAGAGGCAAGAACAAAGUGGCUGCUCAAAACUGCCGUAAAAGAAAACUGGAAAAUAUAGUGGAACUGGAGCAAGACUUGAGUAACCUAAAAGACGAGAAAGAGAAAUUGCUUAAGGAAAAAGGAGAGCACGACAAAAGCCUUCGUCAAAUGAAAAAGCAGCUAACCACCUUAUACCUUGAGGUCUUCAGCAUGCUACGUGACGAAGAUGGAAAGUCUUACUCUCCUAGUGAGUAUUCGCUGCAGCAAACCAGGGAUGGCAAUGUCUUUCUUGUUCCUAAAAGCAAGAAGUCAGAGACUAAACCUUGAAGGGCAGCGCAGCUGGUUGCUGGUCUCCGAGUUCUUAUUUUUGUAUCCUUAUCCUGAUAGUUUUCACUGUGAGGUGGAAUGCAGAAUGAACUAGGUAAUAUUUUUCAAGUAAUUCUAUGCAAUGAUAAUUUUAAAGUUGAUGAUUAGUUUGUGGAAGAUGCAAGUUUAAAACUAAUAGUGUAAUGGAGAUGGACGUAUGCAAAAUUUGUAAUCUUACUUUUGUAACAGACAUUUCCUUCUUAUAGCACCACUUUGACUAGUUUCCGUAUACAUGUAAAUAUUUAAAGAUACCAUAUUUAUAUACUGUUCCUAUCUCUUGUUAUAUUCAUAGAUUUAUUUGAUAUAUAUAUAUAAAAAAAUGAUUUUAGCCUUCUAAAUAUAAUUUCUUGCAAGACGAACAGUAUGGCCUCUGAUACUUUUUAUAAAUAUGCAAUAGUGUUUGUUUCCCAUUUUUCUUACACGUUUAUACUUGCUUUAUAUUUAAUAUGAUUUUAAUUUAGUAUGAAAGUUGUUUGAUUUUGAUUUAUCAGUUCAUUAAACUUUUUUUUAAAAAACUCUACUUCAUACAUAUUUAUUUCCCUAAAGAAGGGAAAUCCUGACUAGUUUUCCAAGGUGAAGUCUUCAUGUAACAAAUACACUUCAUUACCCAAGGUGUGUCACGCCGCAUUGUCAGCAGAAUUUUAACUGCCAUUUGGAAGGAUUUGUGUCACAUAAAGUUAAAUUUCAGGUCUCCGCAAAGUUUACAUAACUCUUGUUUUGCUCUUUGAACACUACUUACUUAAGUUCACGAUGAGAUCCUUUCCUCCAAAGGCACUUAAAAAUCUGUGAAGGCAGAUACUGUCAGCAUUAUGCGUUGUGCCGCCUUAAGAAUUCUGUACGCUUUUGAGUAAUUGUUCCAGAAGCACACGCUGUGUCUGCGAGCAGGGAGCGGCCGUCGGCACUGGGAUUGCUUUGGAGCUAACGGAAGGAGGCACACACUUACUGCCAACCUGCUGCACUGGUUGGAACCUGUGCUCGAUUACUGAAAAGCAUGUGGCGUUUAAAUUAUGAUUUAUAAGAGAAUAAAAAUGGGGCAAGUAAAUAGCACUGUUUUGUUUACUCCUCUCAGAGGGACUCGGUACUUGAUCAUCGUGGAUUUGUUGAAUGCAGAAAAUGCAUAAUUUUUGAUUUGAAAUACACACCUUGAUCUCAACAUUAAAAACCACAUCAUCUUCCUUCAUCUUCCCUAUGAAACUUCUAAAAGGCACAUUUAAUCUGAAAUGUUUUUUUCUGCCACUGGUGCUCUAUAUCAUUUUAUGAAUAUUUUGUCUAUUACAACAUUAUGCAUAACUUCAUCUAGUGUAAUAAACACCAACUUGUUUUGCAAGACCUUAUUGUACUUUUUUUUUUUUAAAGAAGGAACUGAGAUGUUGAAAGAAGGUAGAAGUCAGGCCUGCAAAGAUUGUUUAAUAACGUUGGAGGAAGAAGAGUUUAAAGAGGGACAUCAGAUUAGGAAACCAGCCCUCCAUUAGGUCAUUAUUCACAAAGUUAGAGUAACGCUAAAUAAAAUUAUACAGUGGUUGGUGAAUUCGGUCCUGAGAUUUUUUUAUUUCUCAAACUGUUGAGCCAUGCUGGAGCCGCGUACCCGCCCAGCAGAAAGCAGCUCAUCUCCUGGCUGGCUGUGGAAGCCAAAAGAAUGAUUCCAGAUAAUAACAACAACCCUGUUCCACACUGUAUCAACUGCUUACCGACCUUCUGAGGGUACUUGAAAAAAACCAAAACCAUAAAGGCACAAAUAGGAAAGGAAGGGACUAAUACAGAAAGCUGUAGUUCUGAUGAAUGCAAUGGAAGUUCAGCUGUUCUGUUCACUGCUCAUUCAGCUCUCCAGUCACUCCGCACCCUCACCCGAACAGCGAUAACAACCGCUUUGGAGUUGUGUUUUUCCCUGUGUGCACAGAAUUUCAGAUGUUAUUUUAUUGCCCAGUUGGUCCCAGCGGUAUCAGUGUAACUCUUCACAAUCAGCUUGUUUUUCUUACCCCAAAUAAGUUUUUAUUUCCAAUCUCUGUCACCUUGUCAUUCAUCUUUCCUGUUAGCUCAUUUAUUAACUCAUUUACUGAUUCCAAAUAUCAGAGGCUGCUCUAGUACCUGGUGCAGACACUCUCUCUCUCUCUCUCCCUUGCUUCGCCCGCAGCACAACCUCAGCUACGCAGAGAAGAGCAGGGCCAGGCCAGCAGAGCAGUAACAGCGUCAGCAGGAAGGUAGUUUCGCUCCAGGGCAGCGUAACGCCAGGAACCACAAUCCCGUUGACCACAUCCUCUUUAAAAGGCACGCGUAAGGGCCAAGCACCAGUACCAGCAGAAACUCUCUGGUACCUAAACCUGGGACUCUCAGAAUCUCCAGCCCACCUUAAGAGAAAAGUAGCACUUUUGCACAUCUCAUACUGUGUUACCUGCUGCAAACUUUCAAGUGAGGUCCUGCCACGCAAAAUGUUUGUAUCUGAGGCAGCACAUACAGUGAAAUCACGAAAAAAACCCUGUAGCCUCGGUUUUCCAACAUGGCUGGCAGUGCUGGGAACCCUGCCCCUUACAUCAAAUCUAACAGUUGUGUUUCCGCAGAAGGCACCGGGCCAUGGAGAUCCGGGUGCAAGGGAAAUCCAGCUUGCCCUGUGAGGCUGCUUACCUUCUUCACACCCACCUUCUGCCUGCCAACAGCGCCUCACUCCACCCCACCGCACAGGCAAGAACACUCCUCUUGGUGGAGCCAACACCAAAAAAUACCAAUGAUUGAAAACUUAAGAGGCUGGAUUUGAUGGAUGAAGCAGAUUUAUUUGCCCAGAAAGGUCAACCAAGCACCAGCUAAAUUAAAUCUCAGAUAGUGCAGCAGUGAGGGAAAUUUUUUAUGCUGCUGUCGUCCAAAUAAGUCCAUAUUGACUUUGCCACCAGCACUGCCUAGGACAGAAAACACCUCUAAGAGUCACCAAGCCUGGGUGAAACGCAGGGGAAAUGAGAGACUUCGCUGCCGUGUAAAACAAGAGGGUCUAAUCCAUAUUUAAGGAUGGCAAUUUUGGAGCGUAAGCAUUAAGGAGGCAGCACACCAAGCCAUGCCCUGGACAGUCUUUCACCACAGCUACGCAGCAGCUCUCGCACAUGGGUAGGUCUGAUGGCAAAGCACAGAGAACCAGAAGAGGACGAGCUCCUGGGUGUCCCCCCGCCAUCAAUCAGGCUAUCAAAUGUCUCUGACUUACAGAGAAAGUGUUCUCUCUAGCUGUAAUAUAAACACCUUAAUCACCAAUUGGCUGUAAAACGGAGACCGCAGUAAGCCCCUACCCUCCACUUCAAUUUCGUCCUUGUUUUAGCACUAACGCACAGGCCCAAGGCAAACAGCACCUUGCAGCCUUUGCCAGGGCGGGUGUAUUUGCACUACCCACGUCUCAAACCUGAUACGGGGACACUUAUUCCAGUACCGGGACAAAAGAGCAACAACAACAAAACCCCUGCAGUUAAUGCAAAGCCUUGCUGGAAUACCACCACAAAUCAGUCUGAAGUCCCUGGGACCACAACAACUUGCAUUCAGUUUAAACCAGCAUUUUUCAUAGCACGAACACGGCGAGGGCUGUACUGGCAUCGAAACGCCCAACAUCAUUAAGGCAAGAAAAUAUUCCACAUUCCAUUAUUUCGGCGUAUGUGAAAACAUCAGGUUGCAAACGAUAGCCUUCGGUUUAUUAUUACGGCUGAGGUACAGAGCGUGUUCCCAAACCUGAGCGUGACUGG